CGUUGUCGCCGCUGUCGCGAUGUGGCGCAGCGCCGGCCUCGCUGGCGACGCGCAGAAGGCUGAGACCAAAGAGGAAUUCGUAAAAGUUAGGAGGAGGGAUUUGGAAAGGCUGACAACUGAAGUUAUGCAACUGAGGGAUUUCUUACCCAAAAUAGUAAAUGGAGAUAUCCUGGGGACAUUCCAGAAGCUGGAUGCUAUUGAAUCAAGCCUGGAGAAGAAGGAGGAGGAAAUAGAGCAGCUGAGGAUGGAUUGUGAACACUUCAGAGCCCGUCUGGAAACGGCCCAGGCAGAUUGCAUGAGAGAGAAGAAGGAGAAGCUGGAGCUGCGGCAGCAGCUGAACGAGGCCAAGCAGCAGCUCCUGCAGCAGGCAGAGUAUUGCACAGAGAUGGGAGCAGCAGUGUGCACCUUGCUCUGGGGGGUGUCCAGCAAUGAGGAGGCUGUGAAGUCCAUUCUAGGAGGAAGUAAAGCAGUAAAGUUUUUCACAAUCACUGCCCAGACCAUGGAGAGCUUUGUGAAGUCAUUAAGUGAAGACAUGAAACAGCAGGAUUUGGAUUCUGAGGAAAAUCAGUUUGUAUUAGCUUUGGCAGGGAUUGUAACAAAUGUGGCCGCGCUGGCGUGUGGCCGUGAGUUCCUGGUCAGUUCCAGUCGGGAGUUGCUGGACACGAUGAUGCAUCUCCUGGGAGACAUGAAGCCAGGACUCUGUAACAAAUUUAAAGUGCUAAUGCUAAUGUCACUUUACAAUGUGAGUAUCAACUUGAAAGGCUUGAAGUACAUCAGUGAAAGUCCAGGUUUUAUUCCCCUGCUUUGGUGGCUGUUGAAUGACCCGGACAGCGAGGUUUGCCUGCACGCCCUGCGGCUGCUGCAGUCGGUGCUCCUGGAGCCGGAGGUGCUGGCGCGGGCGGGCGCCGAGGUGCGCGAGACGCUGCCCUUGCAGCGCAUCAUGGCCCUGGCCCAGAGCCGCCACGCCGAGCUGCAGGUGCUCGCCAAAGAGCUCCUCGAGGACCUGAAAGUAUUCGAGUAUGAAGCGUAG